AUGAAUACAAAGAUUGAACUGCCACCAGGUUUCAGGUUUCAUCCAACAGAUGAAGAGCUCAUAACUCACUACCUCUCUCAGAAGGUUGUUGGUAGCUGCUUCUAUGCAACUGCCAUUAUUGGAGAGGCUGAUUUCAACAAGUGUGAGCCUUGGGAUUUACCUUGGAGGGGGAAAAUGGGAGAAAAAGAAUGGUAUUUUUUCUGUUUGAAGGACAAAAAAUACCCAACAGGUGAAAGGACAAAUAGAGCCACUGGAGCUGGGUACUGGAAGGCCACAGGUAAAGACAGAGAGAUAUACAAUGCAAAAGCAAAAGCACUUAUUGGGAUGAAGAAAACACUUGUUUUCUACAAAGGAAGAGCUCCAAAUGGUGAAAAGACAAAUUGGGUCAUGCAUGAAUAUAGGUUGGAAGGCGAUAAUAAACCUUCUAUAUACAAUCUACCCAAAACAACCAAGCAAGAGUGGGCUUUGUGCAGAGUUCUACACAAAAGUGAAAAGAAAGUAAUGCAUGUUCCACAACCACAGGGAUUGGUUGAGUUCAGCUCUUAUGAAAAUAAGGAACUUCCCCAAUUGAUGGAUUCUUCACAAGUAACAUUCUUUUCAUCAGACCCAAAUAAUCAAAGUGAGGAUCCAAAUCCAAUCACACGUGAUGAUAAUAAUAAUAAUGAUGACAUCAUAGUUGAUAGCAUUGAAACUCCUUUCUUGGAACAACAACCACCUUAUUAUUCUUCAUCCUAUGAUUCUUCAGAUUUAGACACCCUUAACCCUGCCACAUGGGAUAUUUCCGACAAUGCCCCUACAAGUAAUGCGUCUAAGGAGACGGACUUUGAUGCUGGCAUGUUCUCUUUGAUGUACAACAAUAGAGAAGUGUUCCAAACAUCAUUUGAGAAUCAGGAAUAUUAUGCAUAUGAUUCUAUGGGACAUGUGGACAAUGGUUCCCUAUGGAAUUUUUAG